AUGCAGUCGCCAUAUCCGACGCGAUGGUCCUCCUCCAGGCUAUACCCAACCGCCGUUCCCGUCCCUGUUCUGGCCGCCCCAGGACUCCAAGGUCGCGCUCUACGAACUCGACGACAUCUGGAAGUUUACGCUCUACUGGACCCUCAUCCUCUAUGGCCUGUUUCAUCUGGGCGCCCUGUCAUAGCCGGCAGUGUUGUUGGGCUGAUGUCGGUUUCCCUGCUAUUGCUGGUCAGGGUGUAUAUGCUGAUGUUUGCAGGGUCGGUGCUGGCUAUCUUGCUGGAAACUUCACCAUGUCGACCUGGGUUCCGUUUGUAUGGGGCUGGGUCAACGUCUUGGUGCUGCUGGUCGCGUCCUUCAGAAUACAGGGCGGUCUGUAACUGGCACCGAGACAAUGGCUUUUGCGCUUCUUGGGCUUGA